AGAGAGAACACCUGAGCAAAACAGGAAAUCCCACACAGUAAUAAUGACUUCAGGUCAAGGUGAUCUAAGGAUUAUUCUCCUGGGUAAAACUGGAGCAGGAAAAAGUGCAACAGGAAACACCAUUCUGGGCAGAAAUGUAUUUAAAGAGACCAAUGAAACAUGUGAGAAACAGAAAGCAUAUGUGGACGGGAAGAAUAUUGUUAUAUUUGACACUCCAGGACUAUUCAAUGCAUCUCUCACAAAAGAGCAAGUGAAGGCAGAAAUAGAGAGGAGUGUAGAGAUGUCUGCUCCUGGUCCUCAUGUGUUCCUGCUGGUGAUCAAACUGGGAGUGAGAUUCACAGAAGAAGAGAGGAACUCAGUGCAAUGGAUUCAGGAGAAAUUUGGAGAAGAGGCUUUACUGCACCAUCAUUCUGUUUACUCACACUGA